CAAGUGUUGUAACCAGCAAAGAGUAAGGUAACUUUACUCUUUGAUUAUCAGCAGAUUAAAAAUCAAAAAUACCGCCGUCUCAUUGCGCAUCUCUUAAGCCCUCCUACCUACAUGAACUUUAUUUACAAUCUGUAGGUCUUGCGUUGCGAGAAGGAGAAUAAAAAUUUGAACCAAAAUUGUUGUUAGUAAACUUGUUGAUAAAUGACAGAGCCCACACUUUUUAACCAUUUACGGAUUCAAACUGUUUACAUUUAAAGUGAAUCAACUAUUUGUGAUAUGAAAAGUCAAGAUCUUGUGUUCUCCUACUGCAUCUAUUAGUAAUAUCAACACAUCAAGUUUGAAGCAUCAUGAGCACUCCGAGUGAUGAACAACUUUCUGACCCAUCAAAUAGUGAUUUGUUAAAAGUUAGACCUCCAUCGUCCAUGACUAAUUCAAGUCUACCAAAGAUGCAUUCAAGGACAUCGAGUUUCUCUUCGAUAACUAGUGAUAAAAUUAUGUCAGCUACCAAAUCGGUGCCUGUGUCAACAGAAAUUUUGAACCCGGAUUCUGAUGAUUUAACUGUUGGUGACUGUAUUUACGUUAAUGGAACGAAAUCUGGUAUUAUCAAAUUCCUUGGUAGUACGAGUUUUGCUCCUGGUAAAUGGGCUGGAGUUGAAUUAGCUGAUGCUUCUGGUAAAAAUGAUGGAUCUGUUAAUGGAGUUAAAUAUUUUACUUGUGAGCCCAAACAUGGCUUAUUUGUCCGUCCACAUCGUUUAACUUUAGAGCCUAUUACACCUCCAGAGAAACCAUCAUCCACCGUAACAUCGCCAUCUCCAAUCAGUGAUGGCUUCAAAUCACCAACUAAUCUCAUAACCAGUGUAACAAGCACCACUUUCGCUUCAUCAAGAAUCACAUCUUCAUCAGCCUCGAAUCUAAAAGUUGGUGAUAAAGUUAUGGUUCACGCUAGCAGUGGAUUAAAACGAGGUACUCUUCGGUAUUUAGGAUCAACUGAUUUCGCUGCUGGUAAUUGGGCUGGCAUUGAACUAUCAGAUGCGUCUGGUAAAAAUGAUGGCUCUGUUGCUGGGAAAAGAUAUUUUCAAUGUCCACCAGACCACGGUUUAUUCGCUCCUCUCAAUAAAGUUGUUAGAGAUAUGGUUAGUGGCAAUGCAGCUAAUCAAGCAAGAACUAACAUUAGUAUGGUUAGACGGCCAAGUAAUUUAACUACCUCUAAACGCAGCGGAAUGGGUGACAGUCGAGAAUCUCUUGCAUCUAUUAACAGUACUACUUCCCAUCGAUCAACCCGAUUAGGUUUUGGGAUGACUAGCAGCUUUAGUUCUACAAAAAAGAGUGGCUCGACACCCUUAAAGAGAGAGGGAAGUAGUCUUUCUGCUUCUUCAUCUGCCAUAGCUAAAACGUUAAAAGAAAAGGAAGAUCAGAUAAGUCAUUUAUUGAAAGAGAAAGAUAUGGAAUCAGCUGAAUUGGCAAGUUUGACGACGCGAAUCAAAUCAUUGGAAGAAGAAUUGGAACUUGUUGUGAAUGAAAGGAAAAAGGGGUUACAAGAGAAGGAGAAUGAAAUUCAAGAAAUGAGGCGUUCACUUGAAGAAACGAACGCCCUCAAUAAACAAUUACUCAUCACUAUCGAGGAGGAAAAAAAGAAAAGUGAAAUGUUAUCAUUCCGACUCGAGGAGGAAAUGGUUAUCAAAAUGGAAAUGAGAGAUGAAAUGGCGAAAUUGAUUGACAACCAGAAGUCUGUCCAUAGGGAAGAUGACAACGAGGUCGAACUAUUCCAAUUGCAGGAAGAAAUUAUCAAAAAGGACGAUAAAAUAUUCCAGGCUGAGCGAACCCUUGAAAAUAAGAUACAAGAGAUGCAAAAUUUACAACAAAGAAUCAAGGAGCUUGAAUCAAUUGUAUCUUUAGGUGAACAAAGACAGACUCGUUAUCUUGAAACUAUCGAUGAACUCAAUUUGAAAUUGAAGAAAAACCAAGAUGAAAUGGAUAAAAUGAAAGAAGAUUUGAACCGGAUGAACGUAGAAUCCAAGAAACUUCAAGACAAUAUGGAUGAGAUUCUUAAACGAACAGGAGACGAUAGCGGUCAAUUGAAUAUAUUAAUGGAUAAGUUACACAAAAGUGAAGAUGAAAGAAGGAAAUUAGAAGGUGAUCUCAACUCUUUAAGAGAUAAGCUUGAACGUGAAGAAGAAGCCCGUAAAGAGGUGGAUUCUGAAAUGGUGAAGAUGAAAAAAAUGAUCCAGGAUAAGGAAGCCAAGGAAGUGACUUUGAUAAAUAAAGAAACGCAAUUAACUGAAGAACUUCAUCGUAAGACUGAAAUCAUCACUUCACUGGAAAGACGUAUUGAUGAAUUACUCAAAUCAAGUGGAGAUAACAGUGAACACUUAACUGAGGUGAAUCGGGAAUUGAAAGAAAAAGAUGAAAUAAUCAACGAAUUGAGUAUAAAAAUAAAAGAAACAGAAGCUAAAAUGGAAUGUAUGGAAAUGGACUGCAAAAAUAUGAAAGAUGAUAAUCAAAAGCUGACUUUAUUAAUUGAAGAGAAAGUUACUGAAAUUGGUGAUUUCAAAAGGACUAUUAAAGAAAUGGAAGAACAAUCAAAAUCUCGUUUGGAGGAAAUUCGUUCCCUUGAAGAACAAAUUGCUGAUCAAAUAAAACGCAAUACUGAUGAGAAAAAUCAUUUAAUCCAAAUGAAUGAAGAUCUGAAGAAAAAGCAAUCUGAGAUAUCUGAACUGGAAGAAAACAUUUCUGAUCUUAAGAAACAAAUUCACGACAAAGAUCUGGAAAAACGUAAACUUACCACAGAAUUAACUGAAAUGAAAAAGAAGGAUGUCGAAAAAUCUGCUGAGCUUGAAACGUUAGUUAAGCGUAAAACGCAAAAUGAUAUUGAAUCAGACAACUUGGUGUCUCAAAUCAAAGAACUUAAAGAAAAAGUUCGCUCCUUGGAAGAUGAAAAGAUGAAAAUAAAGAGAGAAGCCAAUGUUGGUAAAAGUGGUAUUGAAGAACGUGAAGAAACAAUUCGUAAAUUGAAGGAACAACUUGAACUUAGUAGAAAAGAGUUUGAUGAUUAUCGUAAAACUCUUGAAAAUAAAUUGGAUCAGUCUAAGAAUCAAGGUGAUGCAUUGAUCCAAGAACUGAGGAAAACGAUUGAAAUGGUCCAAUCAGAAAACAAAGAAGUGGUUUCAGAAAAUGAAAGACUCAACUAUGAUUUGAAAAAAUUGAUGGAAGAAAUUCGUAUUGUCCAAUUCCGCCACAAAGAAGUUCUCAAUGAGUUUGAAGAUGAAUGUCGUCGAUUGGAAUGUAAACUUGACGAAAAGGAUAAGAUAAUUGCUGAUCGAAAUAAUUUAUUGGAAGAAAUGAAGAAAGAAAACGCGACCAAUUUUGAUAAAUGGCGGAAAAAGAUGGACAGAGAAAAGGAGAAUCUUUUGGACAAAAUAAACCAAUUAGAAGCGUCAUUGAAUGAAAAUUUGAGCUCAGCCAUAAGAAACAAGUCUGUUAAUGGUAAUAGCAAAGAAGAGGACAAAGAAAGUUAUCGAUGUCAAAUUGAUUUUCUCAAUUCUGUGAUAGUUGACAUGCAAAGGAAAAAUGAUGAACUUAAAGCUCGCAAUUCAGCACUCGAAGAAAUGGGUCUCUCAGAGUUCGAUGAUUCAGUAAAUAGCCUAAAAACAGUUAAUGGUCAUUUACCAAAGCCACCCAGGGUUUUCUGUGACAUUUGUGAUAUGUUUGAUCAACACGAAACAGAAGAUUGUCCGACCCAAAAGAAUAACUCAUUAGAUAAUUCAACAAACCACUCUAAACAUAACAACAAACGUUACGAAGAACGGUCUUAUUGCGCCAAUUGUGAAGUUUUUGGCCACUGGACUCUAAACUGUAGCGAUAUCCAAUCAUUUUAAAUCGCACUCCCAUCCAUCUAUUGUUGAUCAAAGCGCCUAGAGAUUAUAUUAUAUUUGUUAAAAAAGCAUUUAUUGGUUUUGUAUAGAAAAAAAUGAAUAAGAGUAGAUAUGAUUCGAUAAGACUCUCAGCCCCAACGGGUUUUAUCCAUGAAUAUCUCCAAUAUAUCUAACAUAUAAAUUACUAAUAUUAUUAUUACUUUUAAGCUCCUAAUUAUUUUAUAUUAGGGUUCACUUAGAAGUGAAUUUAUCUUUGACAGAAUUAAAUGAUUUCCGAGGUUCUUAAGUUUUUUGUCUAUUGAAA